UUGCCAUUGGAAACCUAAGAAAGAAGUGAGUGUACCCUUCAAGACUCCGGCAUCUCCCUCCCCCCUCCCUUCUCCUCUCCCUCUCCCCCACCUCCCCCACCCCUUCCCUCACAGAAGGAGAAGACUUGGGUGAGGGAGCCCUCGCCUCUCUGUCGGAACAAGGCCGGGACUUUGGCCAGGGACGCUGCUGCCGCCUAGACGUGGAGGCCCAGAACAGAGAUGAGAACCUCCAUCCUUGCUUCCUUCUUUCUACCCCUCCAUCCUUCCCUCCCUUCCAGGCUGUCCUGCUCAUUCUGAAACCGGGGAUCCCUGUUCCUGGGGGGUCGAGGAGAGAAGACAGAGCCUUUGGUCUGGCCAAGGACUCGGAGCAUCUUGGGAGGAGGCAGUGGCCACCAGUGACAGCUUGGGGGCAUUAGCAUUCUGAAGAUCUCCUUGACCAGAUGUGAGCAGGCUCUGGUGCCAGAUGGAUCUCCGGCUCUGGCUGUCUCUCACCAUGCCUCUGUCUAGCUGCCUGUCUGCAUCCUCCCUUCCUGCCUGUGCUCUGAAGCUCUAGGGGGCCCAGACCUGAAGGAGGAGGAGGAAGAGGAAGAAGAAGAAGAACGACGACAAAUAUUACUCUGGACGGCCCAGGACUCGGCUCUCUCUGGGCGGGGAUUAAGGGAAGAGGGCAGCCUGGGGGUGCUGACUGAGGGACUGCGGAAAAGGCCAUUCCUCAGAGCCGCCCCCUUGGGCGUCCCCAGCCGGGCCCCGCUUUCUGCCGGGACCCCCCCAAACUGGACAGCAGUCAAAGUGGACCAGAGCUCGGGAGCCCCCUCUGGCACCCCGGUACUGGGGAGGGGCAUCCCUCAAAAUGCUGGCGGCCCCGCAGAGAACUGGGAUGACGGGCCAGGCUCGCGGCCGCUAGGCCUUCCCGGCUCCCCGCUGUCCCCGGCCUCUCCUUGCCCGCGGCCCGCCUCGAUCCAGCCCUCCGGCCCGCUGGGCCUCCCCCUGCCAUGCUGCGCCUGGGCCUGUGGGCGGCGGCCCUGCUCUGCGCCUGCCGGCCAGACCUAGCGCGGGCCGACUGCUGGCUCAUCGAGGGCGACAAGGGCUACGUGUGGCUGGCCAUCUGCAGCCAGAACCAGCCUCCCUACGAGACCAUCCCUCAGCACAUCAACAGCACGGUGCACGACCUCCGCCUCAACGAGAACAAGCUCAAGGUGGUCCUCUACUCCUCCCUCAACCGCUUCGGCAACCUGACGGACCUCAACCUGACCAAGAACGAGAUCUCGUACAUCGAGGACGGGGCCUUCCUGGGCCAGGCCAACCUCCAGGUGCUGCAGCUGGGCUACAACAAGCUGAGCAACCUGACGGAGGGCAUGCUCCGGGGCAUGAGCCGCCUGCAGUUCCUCUUCGUGCAGCACAAUCUCAUCGAGGUGGUGACGCCCACGGCCUUCUCCGAGUGCCCGGCGCUCAUCAGCAUCGACCUGUCCUCCAAUCGCCUCAGCCGCCUGGAGAGCACCACCUUCGUGGGCCUGAGCAGCCUCAUGGUGUGCGAGCUGGCCGGCAACCCCUUCAACUGCGACUGCGGCCUCUACGGCUUCCUCAACUGGCUCGUGGUCUUCAACAACGUGACCAAGAACUACGACCGGCUGCAGUGCGAGUCCCCGCGGGAGUUCGCCGGCUACCCGCUGCUCGUCCCGCGGCCCCACCACAGCCGCAACGCCAUCACCGUCUUCCAGUCCAUGUGCCGCGACGGCACGCUGCCGUCCCGGCCCGUCAGCCACCCCACGCCCUACACCACGGACUCCCAGAAGGACCCGGAUGAGAACUCGGGCUUCAACCCGGUGGACUUCCUCUCGGUGGAGCCCCCGGCCUCCUCCACCACGGACUCCUCCAUCAGCCCCACCAUCAAACUGCACUACGUCACCUUCACGUCGGCCACCCUGGUGGUGACCAUCCCCUCCCCCUUCAGCAAGCUCUACGUUCUGGUCCAAUAUAACAACAGCUACGUCUCCGACGUCAUGACGUUAAAGAACAAAAAGGAGAUCGUCACGCUCAAUAAGCUCAAGGUCCACACCGACUACACCUUCUGCGUGGCCUCCAUCCGCAACUCCCGCCGUUUCAACCACACCUGCCUGACCUUCGCCACCCGGGAGCCCAUCCAGGGGGACGUGCCCCCCAGCACGUCCACCACCACGCACUACAUCAUGACCAUCCUGGGGUGCCUCUUCGGCAUGGUGAUCGUCCUGGGGGCCGUCUACUACUGCCUGCGCAAGCGGCGCAUGCAGGAGGAGAAGCAGAAGUCCAUCAGCGUGAAGAAGACCAUCCUGGAGAUGCGCUACGGCUCCGACGUGGACACCAGCUCCAUCGUGCACUCGGCCCAGAAGCUGGGGGAGCCGCCGGUCCUCCCCGUCUCCCGCAUGUCCUCCAUCCCCUCCAUGAUCGGCGAGAAGCUGCCCCAGCCCAAGAGCCUCGAGGCCGGGAUAGACACACCCAAGGUGACCACCAAGGGCAACUACAUGGAGGUGCGGACUGGGGGCGGGGGCGGGGGCGGCGGGGACGGCCUGACGCGGGGCGAGGAUGACCUGCCCGACUUGGAUAACGGCCAGGGCUCGGCGGCCGAGAUCUCCACCAUCGCCAAGGAGGUCGAUAAAGUCAACCAGAUUAUCAAUAACUGCAUCGACGCCCUCAAGCUGGACACGGCCUCCUUCCUGGGCGGGAGCGCGGCAGACCCCGAGCUGGCUUUUGAGUGCCAGUCCAUCCCGACCAGUUCCACGGGGGGGCUGGAGCGGCCCAGCUUCCUUUCACCCCCCUACAAAGAAAGCUCCCACCACCCCCUGCAGCGGCAGCUGAGCGCGGACGCCGCCGUGGCCCGCAAGACGUGCAGCGUCUCCUCCAGCGGCUCCAUCAAGAGCGCCAAGGUCUUCAGCCUGGACGUUCCCGAUCACCCGGCGCCCCCGGGGCUGGGCAAGGGGGACUCGAAGUACAUCGAGAAGGGGAGUCCGCUCAACAGCCCCCUGGACCGCCUGCCCCUGGUAUCCCCCGGGGCCAUCCAUCACCUGGAGGUGAAGCCUUCCUACCACUGCAGUGAGCACCGCCACUCCUUCCCCGCCUUGUACUAUGAGGAGAGCGCAGAUACCUUGAGCCAGAGGGUGUCCUUCCUCAAGCCCCUGUCCCGGUCCAAGCGGGACUCCACGUACUCUCAGCUCUCCCCCAGACACUACUUCUCGGGCUACUCCUCCAGCCCCGAGUAUUCGUCCGAGAGCACCCACAAGAUCUGGGAGCGCUUCCGGCCCUACAAGAAGCAUCACCGGGAGGAAGUGUACAUGGCGGCUGGCCACGCCCUGCGCAAGAAGGUCCAGUUCGCUAAGGAUGAGGACCUGCACGACAUCCUGGAUUACUGGAAGGGGGUCUCGGCUCAGCAGAAGCUGUGACCCUCUCCUUCCUCCCCGCCCCCGGCCUGUUUUGAGAACCCACGAAAACCGAGUCGGGGAGAAGCCACUGAUGUCAGAAACAGAAUUCCUGUUCUAUUUGUGCAUGACGCUCUUUACUGUAUUUUUCUGAGCAAACAUCUGUUGUGAAUGUGCCCGUUUGUCGAGAUUCCCCCCUGCUUCCUCUCCUCUCCUCUCCCCGCCCGCCCCCUGCCUCCCUCCUCAGAUGCCCUCCAUUGUGAAUUGAUGAGCAACUUUUAAAACCCGGGAAGGAACCGUCUCCACAGAGGACCCAAACCUGGUGCUGCGGCCAGGUCUCCCUUUUCCCACCUCAGCCCUGGCAUCGGUGGGCUCCCCAAGGCCCUCUGCUCUCUCGCCUCCCCUCUCCCGUCAGCUUCUUGCUUGUGCCGGAGCUGUCCAGGCAGAGGUGCUGAGAAGGACUGUGCCCUGUGUGCUCCCAGACAUGCACCGUUCCCGGGGUGGUUGCCGCUCGUUUUAGGGCAGGGGGAGGAACAUGAGGUGGUUUCCAUCCAGUUCAAGUCAAUUCAACAAACAUUUAUUAAGCGCCUACUAUGUGCCAGGCACUGUGCUAGGAUCCUAGGGGUUUAGAACCAAAAGGGAUCUUAGGGAACAUCUGAGCUAAUCUUACUUUAUAGGGAAAGGAAACAGGCUCAGAGAGGACCAGGGGGUAAGGCAGUGGGAGUGCUGGGAACUGGGUUGUGAACCCAAAUCUUGUGGACCCUCUAAAACUAGCUGUUGUCAAGGGUUCGCUGUGGAAACGCCUGAUGAAUGGAAGCACGGUGGUUUUCCUUGGGGGGUGGGGGAGAAGAGAGCAUUCCCAUCCUGAUUGGUACUCUCCAUCUUUAUUCUGAUGAAUAGGGUUUGGUUUUUGUUUGUUUUGGGCAAGUAGAAUAUCCCUGAGAAGAGGAGUGGUUCCUGUUAAAUGUGGUCUCUGGGAAGCUGAGCAUUUCUACAAUUAGUAGGUGGGUAUGGUUGGAGUAGGAAGACUUGAGUUUCAAUUCUGCUUCAGGUAGUUGAUUACCUGAGUGACCAGGGGCAGGUUGCUCCUUUCUGGCCUCAGUUUUCCCAGACAGAAUCUAACAAUGGGAAGAAGGCUGAAUUUGGAGUCAGGGGUUCUGAGUUUAAAUCCUGACUCUGCCAUUUAUUGCUGAUGUGACCUUAGGGAAAUGACUUAAAACUUUAGGGCUUUAGUUUUCUUUUCUUGAAAAUGGGAGGACUAGGCUAGCUGGCCUUGAGAAGUCCCUUCAAGCUAUGAGCUAUAAAAUGAAGGGGUCAGACUUGCUGACUUCUCAGGUCCGUUCCAGCUCAAGAUGCCCCCCAGCUUCCCUCCACAAUGAUGGCCGGGAAGAACCAACGCUGGUUUCUUCCGUCAUCUCCCAGAAAGAGCUCUGGGACCCUGCCCCUCUAGCACUAACCCUUCCUAUGGUUCCCGUGGGGUGGGUGGGAUCCAGAUUGUGAGAGCUGCACUGCAGUCCCUUCCUGCCGCCAUCACUGAAUGUCCUGGCCGGCCCUGGAUAAUUCCUCCUGAGGCAGAGAGUGAAAUAUUCAUGAAUGACAAAUGGAAAUUUAUGUCAAGGAAUCUUGGCUGGGGCCCCUCCAGUCCCAGUGUUUGCAAUGCUAAUCAGCUCGGGAGCCUUCUUCCCAGCUGGAACUACAGCCUCGGCCAGUACCGGAGGAGGCAGAAGCUCACAAGCCUGGGAGAGAAUCCUGGAAGUGGAUUUGGAUCGGGAUUCGCAGCUGGAAAUCAUCUAGUCCAAACCUCCCAUUUUAGAGAGGGGGAAACCCAAGGCCCGUAGAGAUUAAGUGACUAAGGUCACACAGUAAGAAGCAGGACUGAAAAUUAUACCCAGGUCCUCAGACUCCAAAAUUUAGCUAGCUAGUAUCUGUCCACUUCCAGCCCUUUAGCUGUGGUUUUAGAAAAAGAUUUCCAGCUUCUGCUUCUGAGAGGGAGGAAAAACAAGUUUUUAUGGAGAGAGGAGGCAGGAAAAUAAGGGUGGAGGGAGGAGGUGGGGAAACUGAUAUCAGUGAUCCAGAGUCUGCCCUUUGUCAAAACAAACUCAUUCUCUCAUCAGGUUUGUUUGAAGAGGGAUCUGCUGGGGCCAAUCUCUGGAUAAGUUGAGCUCUGAGAAGCUGAGACCAAGGGGCUUAUGGAGAUAUAACCCGUACAGGUGUGAGGAUAACCAGGGAAAUAGCAUGGCACGGUGGGGAGACACUGAUCCAGAUGGUGAGGAGCUCUGAUGAUAUUAUGCCUGAGUGGCUACGGGCACGUCGUUUAAUAUUCCUGGAAUUCAGGCUCUUCUUUUUGAAAAAAAGAUUUGGACAGUCUGGAUUCUAAGGUCUCUCCCUUGUACAUGUAGGAUUGUCUAGCCUUCCUAGUAGAGGCCAAGAGUGGAGGCAGUUUGGACCAUGCUGGAGAGCAUGGGGGUCUUGGGUGGGAAUUCUGUCUCUACUUAUUACCUGUGUGACCUCGGCAAACCAUUUUUCCUCUUUCUGUAAGAUCCCUUCCAGUCUGAAGUUUUCUGACACCUCCUUGAUAUAUCCUGGCUGGGGUGGGACUUGUCUUUGCUUAGAGAUGACCUGUAAAAGGUUCCCCGUCCCCUGUCCUCUCUUCCCCUCUGUGUUCUCCUCACUACCCAGCUUCCUCUGCUCUAGGCCUUAGUCUUUCCAUCUGUAAAAGGAAGGGCCUGGAUUAUCUCUGAAGCCCCCUCCUGGCUCUAAUUGCCCAUAAGCCUCCUGACUACCAGCUCUCCCUGUGCCUUAUCUAGGCUGCCAUGGGUGGGGCUCAGUAAGAUGGGGGAGGCCCUGUCUCUUGUGGAGAGAUGGAGUGAUGAGGCUUCAUGGUGAAAGCUUGAGGUUCAUCCCUUUUGGACAAAUGUACAUAGCUCUGGGCUCAAUGAGCUUCCUUGGGAGCUCAGUGGGACCCAGCUGCCUUUCUUGUCCCAAGGCUGGGGUUUCCUCUAGCAGGUCUCUUAGAGGGGGUAGCUUUUCAGGAGAUGGCAAAAGGAAACCGGAGGCCUGAGGAAAAAGCGGUUUCCAAAACUACAGAGAUUUAGGGCUGGUAGGGGUCUGAGAGAUCAGCUAGUCCAGCGCUCUCAUUUUUACAGCUGAAGAGCCUGGGGUCUGGGAGAGAUUGUCCUACCUAAUCUCUCAGCUCAGGCCCCCCCCAACUCUAGCUUCUAGGUCUCCCUCCCUGAAGCCAUCAGCCAAGAUUCCUUCCCAGUGUCUUCUUGCCUUGGCUCCCCUCUCUUAACUCUGAUCCCUUCCUCUAGCCCCUAGACAAUGCUUCCGGUCCCACUCCUGCCUCAGGAGGGGAUGAUUUCUAUACUACCGACCCUCUCCUACUCCCUAAACACAUAGACACACAACUGCACAUCCCACUCUCAUGUAGCCCACAUCCGUGUCUUUCCCCCAAGCUCUAGUCUUCAGCCCACGUUCUUAGCCUGAUCCCUGGUGGGAGGGAUGGAGAUGGGGAGGUAAUGGGUAGAAUGGGAUGAGGGCUGGCCUCCUCUUCCCUUAGCUCUCCCCCCAACAAGCACAGGGUCGGGGCAGAGGACAGGAGUCGUAACACAAGACCAGGGUGUCCUGCCCACUCCCAUCCCCAGAAUGUAGAUGCCCAGGGGGUGAGGGCCAGGGAGGCAGCGGCCUGGAUGGAUGCCCCAGUUUGGGUCCUCUGGGGUUGGUGGGCCCCCUCCCCAGUGACGAUCCUGUGACUCCUGGUCGUGUACGGACCUUCCCUCUCCUUUGGGGAGGGACUUGUUUUCUUAUUUUCUUCUGGGUUUGUCCAUUUGUUGAUUUAUUUUCUCUCACCCCACCUUUUUUUCCUUUUCCUAUUUUAAACUGAAUGGCACGAAAUCGUUUUCCUCAAAUCCAAGAUUCCUGUAUGGAGAAAAUCAAUUUCUAUAUUUGCAAUAAAUUUCUUAUUUAAAAAUGAA